GCUAGGCAAAGAGGUCUCAGUUUAAAUCGUCAUCCAAACACUUUCCAAACAUCAUCACCCAACAAUUCUCAUUAUUCUUAUCACUCAUUCCACUUAAUUCCCAUUGAAUUUUAUCGCCGACAAAUACAAACACUAAUCAUCAGUUAAUGACCAUAAGUCAAUUUGUGAAUGAUAAUGAAAAUUUAGUGACAAGUAAUUACCCGAAUGAUAAAGUGCUGUGGAAUUUGGGGGCUUAAUGAGAAGUGAAUAAUCGAACAGUUGAGGGUUUUGUAACAAGACUGAGUGUCAACGUUCUACGAGGAUGACAGUGUUAAGGAUGACGAGCUCUCCUGUGACACCUCCGUCAACGAGUCCUGCAUCACCAGAACAGGCGCAAGCACCUGUUCCAACAUCUCGACCAAAUCAACAGCGAUUGAGUUUCUCAGUGGCAGCACUGCUGGCUGACACCAAGAAACCGAAGACAGAAGUGUCAAAUGCAUCAACAGUGUAUCCAUCUCCAAGCUCAUCACCAGUCACCAGUGCAUAUUCACCAGUUGCCAGUCGUCAAUACAGGAAUCAGAGUCCUGAUGCCUCGGAGAAUGUCAGUUACACGUUAUCACAGUCACCUACGAGAGUCUGUGACACAAGAACUGCCAGUUCACCCCCAAAGUUCACGGAGACGAGUCAUUCGAUAUCUAGUAUGCUGACAUCGUCACCAAAUCCAUCAACGAAUCUGCAGGACUAUGGCUCACAUUCGCCGAGAAGUUCGCACGAUGGUGCAAGAUCAAGAUGUUCUGAAUUGGAUAUGGAGGAUGAUGAGGAAGGAAGUCUUGUUGACGUUGAAGACUUGGAGCAGCAGGGAACAACAAGUAGUCCAAAUCCAGUGAGACCAAUGCCAGCUUAUGUCGGUGGUUUCUCGACGUUAGGCUCGUUAGCUGGACUCCCUGGGGGAUUUCAUCCAGCAUCGGUAUGGGGUGGUAGUGUCCAGCACAGAUCAGCCGUUGCUAUUGCAGCAGCAGCUGCUGCUGCCAGCUAUUUUCCAUCACACUUUGCUCAUCAUGCACCACUAAACGAGAACGGUGAGCCAGCCAAAAUCAAGUGCAAUCUCAGGAAGCACAAGCCCAACAGAAAGCCAAGAACACCUUUUACAACGCAACAGCUUGUGGCUUUGGAGAAGAAAUUCAGGGAGAGGCAGUAUCUCAGUGUUGCUGAGCGUGCUGAAUUCUCGUCGUCGUUACAUCUCACUGAGACACAGGUAAAGAUAUGGUUUCAAAAUCGCAGAGCCAAGGCGAAGCGCCUGCAAGAGGCAGAAAUUGAGAAAUUAAGAAUGUCAGCGGUUAGACAGCAUCACAAUUCACUUUAUGGAGCUCAUCAUGGUCUGCUCGGGCCAGCAGCGCUGUAUCCCGUCGGUAUGCUGUCUCAUUCAGCUGGCAUGGCCCCACAUCAUUCAGUGCAAUCUCAUCAAGGGAGAGAAUGAAAAUGUCAUUUGAUUAGUUCACUUGAUCUCCUUCAGCAAAGAGGCGUCAUCAGCUGUUAGUACAUUAGCAAAAACUUGAGGAAUUUAUGAUUCGUCAUUUAUUCUUUACUUUUCUUUCAUUCCAAUUGAGAUUGAGAAGGACAAGACAGCAGCACUGAUACAGUGAGGGGUAUGAUGUCUCUUGAAUGACGUGAAUUAAGAGAUGAAAUUGGAUCCGGUGUAUGGUGAUAAGUGCUGGAUAAUCGACGGUUCUGAAGAGUCAUUAUUUUUGUACAUAUUUCGAUGUAAAUAACAUAAAAUGAGAGGAGAUUAUCGAUUCUGUCAAGCAGUUUGUAAAUAUGUGAGGCUCCAGCCUGGAGAUUGCCAAAAUCAAUUGAAAAGAAAAUUUGUCAAACAUCACACUUUCCUGCCCUGUUUAUUUUAUAAAUGCCCUUUUAAUAUGAUUCAUUUUGUAUAAUAUGUACAAGUCGUUAGCACGUAAAAUCGAGAAAUAACCUAUUUAAAUAAAAUCCUAA